CAAAAAUUAAUUUAUGUUGAAUUUAAUUUUUCAGAUUUUGUCAUUUGUUUUCAAUUGCUAUAUUUACUUCUGGCAAUAAAGUUUUGAUUGCCCAAAAUCCCCCAAAAAAUUCCUAUAUAUACUCCUUUCGAUCACUGAUUUUUUUAAUUUUAUAUUAUUUUUGUACAGACUCAUUGAAGAAAAAAUAUAAUUAUAUUGCUUGAAGCCCAAGGAAAAGCAGAUUUAAAGAGACCUCUCCUCUCAAAAUAUGUUUACCUGCACUUGUCUUUAUUUCUCCUCUGCAACAAGUUGACUGAGAAAAUCAGCCACCGCCACUGAUACCAUGAAACCAGGGCAAGUGCAAGCGCUCUGUAUUCUCAAAGCAUGCAAAAACUAUAUGGCCAAUACUUCACAACUCACAAGAAGGGCUCCUACAACUCUUGUUGGUCCUCCAGAGCUCAAAUCUUUAUCGCCGCCGCUACAACCACCACAACCCCAAUUAGUACCGAAACCCGCUUUCAGCCUUAGCCACGGGACCAAGAUCCCCUGCUCCUACGGUAACGCCUGCCUUGAUCUCUAUUUCCACGUCCUGCCAGGCACUCCGGACUCCGGUAGCUAUCUGAAACAACUGCUCCCGCUGGCCUGGUCCCACAAUUCCUUAACCACCCUCAAGCUCAUCUGCAAGCUACCAGGCGGAAACGGCGACCUAGAAGAAUUGUUCUACACGGCGGCGCUUUGGCUCCACCAGAACCACCCCAAGACCCUAGCGCACAACCUCCUGCCAAUUGCUGGGUCGUUGGUGCGUUUCAGAUCCCUUCUCGAGGUUCUGUACGGGGUUCUAGAAGGCCGGGAUGAUGCCAACUACAAGAGGAAGAGGAUAAAGAGAAUGCAAAAGCUGCUGGAUUAUUAUGAUGACUUGAUAAUUAAAACAGUAGGCAGCGGGAGGCGUACUAGUAGCAAGAAGAGAGAGGAGAUCAUCGCCAUGGCCAAGAAAGCUAUUGAGAUGUACGAGGGUGACCAAGAUUAUCAGUUUCUACAUGAGCGGGUUUCGGAUAUUUACGCUGAGUGCUUGAAGUAUGAUAUCAAAAGUUUGAAGAAAUUUGAGCAGCAGGAAAAGGACAAUGUCAAUGAUCCUAAGCACUCCUUGAAGUUGAGGUUAACAGAUGCAGCGAGUUGGUGCCCUUCCGUGGAUUCCUUUUUCGACCGAGCCACUUUGCUCUGCGAGAGCAUUGCAAAGAAGGUUUUCCCGCGAGAGCAAUGCUCGCAAGGCAGUUGUGCUGAGGAGGAGGAGGAGGAGGCUGAUUACACGUCCAGAGUCCGAGAGAGGCUGAUGAAGGAGGUUUUGGAGCCCUUGAGGAAGGCCAUGGACGAAGGCAUUGAAGAUAUGUUUCCAAGAAAGCAGCACUCAUGUCCGAUUGAGAAGUAUUUGAAUGAUGUCAAAGCUGGUGGAGAGUCUAAGAUCAAUGUAAGUGCUAUUCUUCCACAUGAUAUCAUAGGCUACGUGAGUGAUAAAAAUUUCGGGCAACUGGUUGAGCAUCAGUGGAAGGCAAUGGUUGAGAAAAUCUAUUUAAAGCAGGGAAAGUUCAAGAAUUGUUUGGCUGUAUGUGACGUCUCAGCAAGGAUGAGUGGAUAUCCCAUGGAUAUGUCAAUCUCCUUGGGACUGUUGGUGUCUGAAUUGGGUGAAGAGCCAUGGAAAGGAAAGGUGAUCACUUUCAGUCGAAAUCCUCAGCUACAUUCGAUACAAGGCAGUGAUCUAAAGUCCAAGUACACAUUUAUGAGGACGAUGGAUAACCAGCAUUGGGACGGUGAGACUGAUUUUCAGAAGGUGUUUGAUUUAAUUCUUCAAGUGGCUGUGAAUGGGAAUUUGAAGCCAGAGCAAAUGAUCAAGAGGCUCUUUGUGUUCACCAGCGACCAAGACUUUGAUGAUGCUUCUUUCAAUAGCUGGGAGACUGACUAUGAGGCAAUACAGAGAAAGUUCAAGGAGAAAGGGUAUGGUGAUGUGGUGCCACGCAUACUGUUUUGGAAUCUGAAUGACAACGACAUGCCUAUACCAGUGGCGCAUGCUACAGAACAAGGUGUGGCGAGGUUGAGUGGCUUCUCCUAUAAUUUGGUCAAGUGCUUCUUGGAGAAUGAUGGGGAAAUUGGCCCCCAUCAUCUCAUGGAAAUAGACAUCUCUUGCUCGCGGUAUCAACGUCUGGCUGUAGUAGACUGAUGCUAUCAUCAUCAUCAUCAUCAUCAGUUUUAAGAAAAGAUCAGCUUCAUUCUCCAAUAAUUCGUUGUUUCUUUUUUAUCUGUUUGCCUAGUUAAGCUUCUAAUCCUGAGCAAUGAACCAGUUGCAGUGUUUUCGGUUUUUCUUGUAAGCUGGUUUCUUUGUUGGGUUUCAUGUAAGUUAAUUUCGUUGGUUUGUUUAGACUGUUUCUGUUUCCUUGGCACCCCAUCUUGGUACCUUAAAGACAACUAAAUGAAUAACCAAGAAAACAGUACAUUUGCAUGA